AUGGAAAACCUGAAGAACACAGAGUUUGGACAAGAUGCCAAUUUGAGAGCUAAAAAGGUAGGUAAAAUACAUGUACAUUAUUUUGUUAAUGCUUGCAGUGCAAAUAUUUCUAAUGUGUAGUUUAAGUCAUCCACUUAGUGAUUUAUUUAGCCUGUCCUUUAACAGAGAUGUGCUUUGGCAGUGCCUGAUGGCCCCUGUUGCAUUACUGUUGCUCUUGGGUGACAAGGAAGUCUUAGUUUGUUCAAACACAUUUAUCCUGGGUACCUGGAUCUUUCAGGUUAAGGGCACAAGGGUCUUUCAUUUUUUAAGGAAACAACACAUGUUUUGCAUGUUUGUCUUAUGCAUACAUAGUUUAUGAUUGUUAUAGAAUGCACGAGUGCCACACCCUACCCCCCUUUGACAUUUUUAAUGUUAACAGUGUCCUUCCCAUUUAUAUGCAAGGUUUCAUUGUAGUGUAAAUUGCUCAGAGUAGAGAGCAAGAACCAAAUCUAAAGAUUCAAAAUAGUCAGGGUGACUAUUUUGCCAGACUAAACUGUUGCUGAAGAACAAAGUAAAUGUUAAUUAAAUGUUUAUCACAUUAGUCAUGCCACUGUGACUAAAUAAUGUCUUUUUGGUGUUCAGAAAUUGACGAAUCGCACAGACGUGUUGGACAAGGCACACCUUUCUCCGGAUGACAAAGCCAAAACAAAGGCUUUAUUAGACCUACACAAGGCUAUCCAGGAGAGUGAAGACAAUGAAGAGGGGGGCAGUGAUCCACCACCCAGGUACAUCAGGCCACUAUGCUCAGAGAGGUCAAAGUUAAGAAACAUCAAUGCUGUUCUUGACGCCUUUUGUGAAGCUUGCAUGUCAAAGAGGCAAAGAAAGAGCAGCUGGGAAAAUAACCAGAGAGGUUGA